GUAUGCCCGUCAGUGAAAACUUGUAAUGUGCUGAUAUCUUCUUUAGUGAAACUCAGUAAGAUUGAUAAUGCACGCCAAGUGUUUGAUGAAAUGCGAAAAUUUGUGAGCCCGGAUGUAUACUCGUACACGCCGAUCAUUGAUGGGUUGUGUAAGUGUAGGAGGGUUGAGGAGGCGUUGGGGUUGUUUGAGGAGAUGGAGAGGGAAGGAGUGAAGCCUGGUGUGAUCACGUACAAUGCAAUAAUGGAUGGGUUUUGUAAGGAGAUGGAGAGGGAAGGAGUGAAGCCUGGUGUGAUCACGUACAAUGCAAUAAUGGAUGGGUUUUGUAAGAAGGGGAUGGUUGAUAAGGCAUUCGAGUUGAAGGUGAAGAUGGGUAGAGAUGGUUUGAAGGGUAGCAUUGUUACUUACGGGAUUUUGAUUAACGGGUUGGUUAAAUUGGAUAGAUUUGGGGAUGUGGGUGUUGUUUUGGAGGAGAUGAAGGGAAAGGGGAUUGUGGCGAAUGAGUUUGUGUAUAAUAGUUUGAUUGAUGGGCAUUGUAGAAUGGGACGGUUCGAGGAGGCUUUGAGGUUGAGGGAUGAGAUGUUGUCGAAAGGGUUGAGGCCAAAUUCAGUUACGUGUAAUGUUAUUGCUAGAGGCUAUUGUAAAGCUGGCGAGAUGAGCCAGGCAGAGAUUUUGUUGCAAGAGAUGUUGACAGAGAGGAUUGAGGUGAAUGCAGGUUUGUUUAGUUUGGUUAUUGUUUGGCUUGUGAAGGAGGAGAAGAGGUUAGAUUCGGCCGUGAGGCUUUUUAAGGAGAUGUUGUUUAGAAAUUUACGACCGCAAGAUUCCAUACUGACAAUGAUGGUUGAAGAAUUGUGCAAGAAUGGUAAGCAUCAGGACGCGAUUGAUGUUUGGGAUAGAAUGUUGGAGAAAGGCUUUGGUGUGAGCACUAUCACUUCGAACACACUGAUUCAUGGUCUUUGUGAGUCCGGAAAUAUGAAAAAGGCUGUUGGUCUUCUCAAAAUGAUGCUUGAGAAGGGAGUGACUCUGGACAAGAUAACGUAUAAUACUUUGAUAUUGGGAUCAUGCAAAGAAAAGCAAAUUGAAAGAGGGCUUCUGCUUCGGGAGGAGAUGGUUAAAAAAGGUAUAAAGCCUGAUAUAUGCACAUACAAUACCCUGAUGCGGGGCUUAUGCGAUUUGGGCAGAAUGGAAGAGGCUGCUGCACUUUGGAAUGAGUUGAAGAAAGAGGAUUUGAAACCAGACCUUUACACUUUUAGUACGAUAAUAGAUGGUUAUUGCAAGGCUAAAGAAGUUGGUAAGGCAAAAAUCUAUUUUGAUGAGUUAGGGAACUCGGGCUUAGAGCCCAAUGUUGUUAUCUAUAAUUCACUUCUCCAAGGGCACUGCAGAGGUUGUAAUAUUAUAGAGGCUUUUAACAUUGUUGCUGAAAUGAAAACCAGAGGCGUUUCUCCAACAGCAGUAACCUAUUCUGCCCUUAUGCAUGGGCUAUGCAGUGUUGGUCAAGUAGAAGAAGCUAAAAUUGUCCUUAAUGAAAUGAGAGAAAGUCGUUUGCAAAUGAAUGUAAUAUGCUAUACCAUCCUGAUUGAUGGCUAUUGUAAGAUAGGCAAGAUGAACGAAGCACGCAAUAUCUUUGAGGAAAUGUGUGCAGGUGGUUUAAGACCAAAUAAGAUUACUUACACUGCCUUGAUGCAAGGUUACUGUAAAAUCGGGAAUCAGAGUGAAGCAACUAAGCUUUUAGAUGAGAUGGUGGCUAAUGGUGUUGAUCCUGACCGGAUCACUUAUAACACAUUGAUGUCUGGAUUUUCCAGUGAAGGUAGGAUGGACGAGGCCUUUAAGAUAUCUGAUCAGAUGUCUGAAAGAGGGUUGGUGUUGGAUGAGGUUUCAUAUACUACUUUAGUUGAUGGGAUGUCUUCUGUUAGGCAUAGAAAGGAAGCUGCUUCUACAUUACGGGGCACCAUGAAUGAUGAUGGUGGGACUUAGCAUAUUGAGCUGUUUUCAUGAUUUCUACUGAACACAAACUAUUCUUGAACAACUACGUCAUGAAUAAGCUUGUAAAUGUUCUGCAUGAUUUAACACGCUGGAGCAUUUUUUGGCCUUGCCAUCGCCCCAAGAGUGUGACUUGAGCUUAGUUACUCAUGCCCCUUAAAACUAGUGGGGAGCCUUCGGCUCAUGUGCUGUUGAAAUGCUAUUUUGAUGGUAAAGAUGAUUGCUAUUCAUAAUUUCUGGACACGUGUGCUUGCAGUUUAAUAAUUCCUGUGAAAGAGUGCUUGUUUCAUGGUAUGGCGGCUUUUUCAAGAUUCAAGGUAUUUCCCUCAACCCUGGGUACAAACUGAUAGUGGUGCAAUAAAGGUAAUUCCUGCACAAGCUUCAACUUCAUUUGUUGAUAUACACGGGAUUAACAACAUGACAACCUUGAUUCCUCAACUGGAUGAGGAUCGGAGACACCCAAACGGACGACGACGAGCAGGGUACCGAUUUCGAAAACAAUUUCUUUCAAACUUCUCACAUAGCUCGAGCUACUUCUGUAAUUCUUGAUAUUUACCGAUUAAACGUGGGUUGACAGUUAGUUGAUCAUUAAAGAUGUGACGGAGACACGGAGUCCGUGUCACGUUAAAGUUGUAUGAAGAUCAUUGCCUUCACGGAACUAUCAGUGACCAGCAAAGCAAUCAACGUUGUGAUCAUUUAGAAGGCAUCUUUGCUUAGUUGUCCUUGUUAAUAACUCCUGUUA